AUGAAUUGCGAAGUGGAUCGUCCCGUUACGCAAAAUGCAGAGCCAGAUAGGAGCCAACAAAAUGUAGCCAAAAAUUGCAUCACUCAUUUAUAUCAAUUCCAAAACAAUGAAAUGAAAAAAAUCGACGCCUCCUACUUUGAAAAUAAAUAUCUCGGCCUAUUUUUUGGAGCAUCCUGGUGCAGGUAUUGUGUAACUUUUAUACAGAAAAUAAAUUUUUUUAAAAAAAAUUUCCCCUUUAUCGAAAUUAUUUACAUCCCUUUUGACAAGACAUAUAAUGACUAUGUAGCUUUCCUAAAAAGUACCGAUUUUUACAGCCUACCUUUUGAUAAUUAUCUCUACAUUUGCAAAAAAUUCAAUAUUAAAAAUCUGCCGUCUUUUAUGAUCAUAGCCCCGAAUAACAAUGUGCUCGUCAAAGAUGCCGUGCAGCUCAUCAAGACGGACGCCUAUGUGACUAACUUCAAAUCAUUAGUAAAAAAUUAUACCGUUCAUCCGCGUCAAUUCAAAAUUGGGAAUCGUUUCUUCGACUUAUUUUGCUCCUAG